AUGCGCCUCACUCUAGCCCUAAUUUCGACCAUCCUCCUCACAACCUGCACCGCCGACUACAUCGUAGUCAACACCCGCUGUCACUCCUGGGACCCCAAAUCCUGUGAACGCGUCGACAGCUUCUUCCACUUCAACGGCGGUCGGCAAUCCGUCAACGGCAACCACGGCUGCCGCAACUCCCAUUCCCGAAAGCUCUUGAUAUCGCAGUGCCUUAACUACGAGACGAAUCGCGGGCACUUCCUUUUCAUGCACCAGGACAUACGGUGCCUACGGCUCCUGCCCAAAAUCACGCUUCAUAGGUGCGGGCACGGCUGGUUCCGGUGCUGGAGCGGGAUGUGGGCUGAGACGCCGUGUUUGAAGGAGCGGGAGGAGGUGCCGAUGGAGGAUAUUGAGACUUGA